CCACCGCCGCCGCCGCCCGGGGAAUGCGAGCGGGAAGCGGGGGCGGCGGCCGCCCUGCACCGGCGGCGCCCGGAGGAGCAGGUCCAGCAAGAGCAAAGGAACCACACCACAGAACCUGUAAUAGAUGACUAUAAAAAGAUGGGGACUCUCUUCGGCGAACUAAACAAAAGCCUUAUCAGAAUAGGCUUCACAAGGAUGUACUUUGGAGAACGGAUAGUAGAACCUGUAAUAAUUAUAUUCUUCUGGGUUAUGCUCUGGUUUCUUGGCCUACAAGCUCUUGGACUGGUUGCUGUUCUGUGCCUUGUCAUUAUUUAUGUACAACAGUAAAAUUUUAUAUAGAUACUGUUCAGAUGAUGUAUUUCUACACCAUCACUAUGUCAGUGGAUUUAUGUGUUUAAAGUAAAUGGGCAGCAUAUCAAAAGCUGCAAUGCUUCAAAUUGCUGAAAUUCCAACAUUUGAGGUGAGGGGGACUAAAAUUAUGCAUUUUAAGCCAAAUCAGCAGUGCCCUCUUACAUCUUUGGGGGGUAUGGGGAAAGGAGAUGUUUGUAAUAUAAUGGUGUCAAAUGUACUGUUUUCUGCACUCUUGGGGCCUUAGCCCAAACACUGGCUUUUUGUUGUCCACUCCUGUCUUCCCAUCUUCUUGCUUUGUAUAGUGAAAUUUUCCUGCUGAUUUUAAGAGGAUACUCGAUGUGAGUGUCCUGUUUCACUGUUGGGGGAGGCUCAUGUUCUGUUUGUUCCCUGAAUCUGCAUAAUUUGUUAGUGUUCUGCUGAAAAGCUGCGUCUGCACAAGGGAGGUUUGGUAACAAACUACAAUGACAAAUAUUCACAAAAGCAUCUUUUGUUUGUAUAGUUUAUAGUAAGCUUUCCCCUAAGAAACAAGCUAUACCAGCAAAAUGCUCUUAUACUAAUAUUAGUGACUGCACACAAGGCUUCAGCUGUUGUUAAGGAGAAAUUGCAGUCCUACAUUGGCCAAGUGGUCUAAUGCAGCUCUGCCUUGUUUUUUUGAAAUGUACUCAGCUCCUGCUGCUAUUUUUCUUUCUUUAUUUUUUGUACUUGCUCUUUCCCCCAGCCCUCCUUCUUAACAUAAAUAUUUGGAUAAUUCAUGGAGUUUGUAGGUAGUUUCAGCUGCAGUGUUGGAGAGUUGCCAUUCCAGACAGCAGUGCUAGGAUGUUGUCUGCUUCCUCUGGGUGGUGUGUGAAGUGUCUGAACAACCAGAUAUCAGACUAGAUCUCUUAAUGCUUCCCUGUUUUUGCAGUGUGGGCCCACAUCAGCUAAAGCCUUGCUCACAUCAGCAAACCAGAUCUGUUUCCUCAUGCAGGGCAAGAAUGUAGUUGAAACCAGGUGGUCAUUUUAUUUAGUAGUCUUAACUGAUUCGUUUCCACACUGGGCAACAAAAAAUGCCUACCUAUAGGUAUAUGUCAUGGGCCACACAAAUUAGGGAAUAGGUUAUAUACUUCACUCUGACUCCCCAGGGGCCACACCAGGGGUGUAAUGAAUAUUUCCAGGUUUGAAGAAAAACAGUAAAAUGAAACAGAAUCUUUAGUACUUCUACUUUAAUACUACUACUAAAUAGGCUGCCAAUUUAAUAAUUGGUGUACAUUACUUUUACUAAGAAACUUAAAUUGCAAAAUUGACUUAAUCUAUGGUCCAGUGAAAUUAUAUAUUUACUGAAAGAAAUGUAAUAGGAGAUGUGAAAUUUACAGAAAAUUACUUAAGCUUUUGCAGUGACUUUUUCCUAAAGAACAAUAAAUUAGAUCAACAAUCAAUUAGUUGAAAAUGCUGUCUUAUUCAGAGAUUUUUGAAGUUAGGGGAAGUUUCUGUAUGGUCCCAGUCCUGCAACUGGAUUCUCAAGGCCAGCUUUAUGCCUGCACGGACCAUGUUGACUGCUAGGCUCUAUUUCCAGGGCCUCUGGCCCCAGUCCUUAUGGACUUUCCUGUUAGGGAAAUAAUUGUUAUUUAGGGCAGUAAACAUGAAGGCCCAGCUCCUUUAAAGUCUUUAUGUACUGAAAUGCCAUCUGCAGACAUGUCUCUGUGCUUUUCUAAUGAACAUGUAGUUACCUUCUGAGGAGCCCGGUUGCCUGUCUGGAUCUUCAGAUGACCUUGACUGUGGAUCUGAGAGGCUUUGCUGAACCAUCAGGACUGCAGGGAAGUGGGAUUGAGGCCCCAGCUCUGUGGUCAGGUGGCAACCCGUGUUGAUUGGCACAUAGUUAAAUAGUUACACUUGUAGCAGGGAAAUGUUGGACAACAGAAGGUGUUUCUGGAUGCAGAGAUUUGUUGUUCUCAUCUGGAAGACCCAAAGCAAACAGCAAGUACAGGCUGAACUCAGAGGCAGGAGCUCUGUGCUCUAAAGUGCCUAGGGGUAAACUUUGAGUUUGUUUCAAGUCCCCUAGAAGCAGAACAUCUGUUUACACCUCUGCGUAAUUUGUAUAGAUAGAAUGGUGGUUUUAUGUGUAUUCUUCUCCUGUGUAAGGGCUGUACUACAAAAGCAUCCUGUCGUUAAAAGUAAAAAAAAAAAAAAAUGUUCUUUCUUUCUUCCCACAAUCCAGUUACUGUUCAGAGGGUCUCAUCUAAUUCCUUUCAUCCUGUAGGAAAAAGUGUCUCUGUGAUACUCUUGUUGCAGUAGUACUCUUGUGUAUAGAGGCUGUGCUGUGAGAUGGCAUGUGGUAUUUCCUUGAGGUGGUGAUCUUGCUCUGUACAUGUGGAAUGGGGAACGGUGAAUCGUGAGUGUGACCAACAGCUUCAGUGAGGACAUUGUUUAUAUGUGUGUAACCUGUUAAUAUAUGCAUAACUGUGACUGUUGCACUCAUGAAUUCAUUUCAGUUGGUUGUUCGCUGUUCAUGUUAUACAUGUACUCUAGGGAAAAGUAGCUUUUGGACUGAGAUUGUGUAUAGUGAAUGUCUUGUGUGGUUUCUCUUAAGGGUAACUUGCUAUGUCUUGUCCUUCAUGGAAGUUUUUCAUUUUUAAAAAUCUGAAAAAAUAAUCCUCGUAAUAGUGUUAGGUUGACUGAAAGUGGAAAAAGAAAAAUAAUGUAUUGCAUGGAAAAUACCCCUCUCCUGUUCAUACAUUCCCUCAUAUAUAAGAACUUAUACUGAAUUGUCUGUCCUAAUUUUGUGCAAUUACUAUAUUGUCUCCCUCUCAUUUGCAGGAAAGGAAAGAGGGGCUAAGGAAAAAGGGGGACUGAGUUAGAAUCAGACAUAAAGAGUGCAAAAUGGAAUGUCCAAAAAAAUCUGGUCAUAAAUGUGUGUCAAAACAAAGAGGAAAUGGGUGAACAGUCAUUGCCUUGUAUUCUUCAUUCCAUCCAGAUGUAGCUGCAAGGCAGAGGAAGCACCAAGUGCUCAAAGGAUGUCCCUAGCUAAAAAGCAGAAGGUUAAUUUAAAAAAAAAAAGUCCAUUUCACUGUUGCCUAUAUAGUAAAAAUUGAUAAUGUUAUUUAUGGUGUUAAAUGUUAUUGUUCUUGAUAGAACUGAAAGCACCUUUAUGCAUCUGUGUGUAGGACUGUAUGAAGGAAUUAUGUCCCUUAAAUCUGUGUUGAACAACAAACGAUGCAGUUUCUGUUGGUUAGCGUGACAUGGAAAGCGUUUUACAUAACCUCGUUUUUUUAAAGGAUGGACUCUUCAGUACUAUUUCACACCUACCAAAUGCAUAAAUGUUUGAACUACUGUGUAUAGAGAAGAAACUCCACGCGCAGGAGAAUCUUGGAGAACCCUGUUUGCACUGAAAAAUCACCACAUCAAAACUGUCCAUAUAAAAAGGAAAAAUCAUAUUUCUUAAAAACUCCGUAUUAAGUGAAUUCUAUGGAAAGCACUUUGUUACUCUUUCUAAUAAAAAGUAUUGCCAUCAAUGAA